GCGCCUGCGCAGUGCGAAUACCAACUGGACGUCACAUGACUGUGUUUUCGCAACAUGUUAACUCAGCGUUUGCAAUGCAUAGUUGUUUCUCUGGCUAUUUUGAAGGUAUGUAUCGAAGCAUUAUUAGGAUAAAGUGCUUCUCACAGCCUCGCCAUUGAAAGGUGACAUUAUCGGAUGAUGAUGUAGUACGUGACCUUAGUAUGGAAACAUGAAACCUGCCUGUAACGUCAGUUGAGUGAGCGACCUCCAACGUUGGUUAAGGGACAAAAACGGCCGCAAAAACAAGGAACAUUACAUCAUUGGUUCUGUCACAGUGCAACAAUGCUGCAGUUAGGAGAUGAAGUGGCCCUCUAUUCGUUCGUGUUCGUCCUGGUCCUGCUGGGCACAAGGAGUCCGAUGUGGUCCUGCGUUAUUGCCGUCUCGAUGUACUCUUUCUUGGCGAUCUUCAAGUUCCCCCAAGUUCCAGACAGCCGCGCACGACAAGUGCUGAGUCCUGGGAAAGGUGCGACGGGUCUUGGCAGGGUGUCAGCCAUCGCACACAGGGGUGGCGGGCACGAUGCACCGGAGAACACCAUCGCUGCGAUCCGAGAGGCUAGUAAGAAUGGUGCAGAGGGCGUUGAGCUAGACCUGGAGUUCACAUCUGACGGGGUCCCCAUACUGAUGCAUGACGAAACUGUGGACCGCACCACCAACGGAUCUGGACCACUCAGCCAAAUUUGUUUUUCUGAGUUGUCGAAAUUGGACGCAGCGGCGAAACAUCGUCUCAGGGAUACAUUUGCUGGAGAGAGGAUCCCAACUCUUGAAGAAGCAGUGGAAGAGUGCAUCAAACUCAAGCUCUCGAUCUAUUUUGAUGUCAAAGGUCAUCCAGAUGAGGCGUCGGCGGCUCUCAGUGACCUGUACAGGAAGCACCCCGUUCUCUACAACACCAGCAUCGUGUGCUCAUUCGAACCCAAAGUCAUCUACAGGAUGAGGCAGAGUGACCCGGACGUGGUCACCGCACUGACCCACAGGCCCUGGAGCCUGAGUCUCUACGGCGACGGUGUGCCGCGCUUCACGUCGCCGUGGAAACACAAGUGGAUGACUCUGGUGGACGUGCUCCUGGACUGGGCGCACCACCACUUCCUGUGGAAGCUGUGCGGCGUCUCUGCGUUCCUCGUGCAGAAGGACUUUGUCUCGCCAGACUACGUCCAGUACUGGGCCAAGCGGGGGGUGCAGGUGGUUGCCUGGACGGUCAACAAGGAGGUGGAGAAGCAGUAUUACCGGGAGCUCCUCCAGGUCAACUACAUCACCGAUAGCCUCGUUGAAGACUGUGAUCCGCAUUACUAGAAGGCUGAGUUAUACUUUUGCGUGCAAUGGUUGCCAUCGGUACGCUGUGGGUCUCUGCCGCGGGGGCUAGCAUUUAUGAGUCUGUGUCGGAGAUUCUGAGUCUAAUGCGGAACACAUUGCAAAAGACAAAGCAGGCUAUCUGUAGCCCUGCUGUAAGCAGGAGCCCCUUUGGGAUAUAUAAGUGAUGUAGAGACCCACAGUGUAUCUACAAUGGCUAUUUAAUGCAUCAGCCAUCAUGGCAUACGCAAACAAUUACGCAUUGGAUUUGAAAUAAUAGUAUUUUCUUUGCCUCUGUAUUCAGGUUUUUAAUGAAGGCUUUUUCAUUGGUUUUAACAGGGUCAUUCCCGUGGAGAGAUGCUAGCUAGUUAACCUUUGCAGAACAAUGUUGAAAAUGUAUCUAUUUAAAUGUCUCUACGGGAGAUCUUUUAUAUACGUUCUUAUUGUUUUUCAUAUGUAAAGAAGACAUCACAACACCUCUAUCAGAUGUACUGUAUUCACCAACUCAGGAGUGCAAUUUUUUUUAUUUUCCAUCCUGAAUGUUUUUAGUUUUUAGUGUUUUGUUACAAUGCAACAAUUGAAUGUACUUACACUUUUACGCUGAAUAGAUGCCUUUUGCACAAUUUUAAGAAUGCUGCUGUAAAAAGGGCCUGGGUUGAUAAGCGAAACAAAAUAUAUUAAACUGAAAUGCUAACUUUU